GUGGUCCACAAUUCCACAUGAAAUCAUGUGGCUUUGAAGGAACCAAUUGGAAGCGAUCGGCGUUCGUUCGUUCGUUCAUCCAAUCGCAUGGCAGAGCAAGCAGAGUUUCUUCAACCUCUGAUCAUUCCAAAAAAGCCAAAUACCGCCGCUCUUGAACCAGACCUAUCAAACUCCGCCAUAAUUCUACGGUUAACAUCUGUCUUCUUCGUCGCCAUUCUCUCUUUUUGGGCAAAUCACGAAGCAUCAAAAGGCAUAGACAUCGUAAUAGAAAAUGCCGCCAAAAACACUCCCGCCGGUCGCCGCUUCAAUCUCUUCUAUCUAUCCAAUGAUAAGGCUUCACGGUUAGCGAUCCAGGCAAGUGAUUACAUCCAACACCUUCUCUACUCCGAUCUCACUCUUCACAAGAAGAAACAAGUCAGCCGCGUAACCGUUCGCCUAGUCCUUCAAAACUUAACAGAAAUUACGGAAGUUUCGUCCUCCCCCGGAAGUAAUAACCGCCAAUUUCUUAUCCAGAUCAGCUUCGUAAUCAUGGAUCGAUCAGAUCACAUGAGUGAAUUGAUUAGGAUACUGCAGAGAGCCAUGGCGCGCGUAUGGAUUUACGAUAACGGCCCUAAGCAUGUAGUCGACGGCAUAGUUGAAUUACUAGCGAAUUCGCCGGAUUUGAUCGGCGGCGGAGGAGGAGAUUGCUGGAUGAUGGACGAGGAUAUUCCUCCUCCCAGGCAGGUGGCGAGGUUUUUGGAGGAAGGCGAGAGACAGAGGAAGGGGUUCAUCCAGCGGCUGAAUCAAGGGAUGAGAGAUGGAUGGAGUGAUCGGACGGUGGAUAUUGCUCUGGGACUUCCAGCUCGUAAUCUCUGUGGAACGUUACCAUCUCAAUGAAGUUGAUCGACGCCGGAGUUGUCCGCCGCCGGCCAACCACCACUUGCAUGGCAAUUUCGUAAUAUUAUAAAGGUUUGGAUAUUUUAUUCUUCUAUAUUUUAUAUUCAUAUUUAUGCUAACACGUGUAUUUCAGAGUUUUUCUUUUCUCAGUAGAAGGAAACUGAGGAUUUGAGUCUAUUUCUUCUCCCGUAUAUUGCAUUGAAUUUGAUCGAAAAUAUUAAAAAAAUAUAUAUUUUAUUGGU